CGGUUUUGAGACGAACUAGCGACGAUGUCUGGACGAGGAAAGGGCGGUAAAGGUCUCGGUAAAGGAGGCGCUAAGCGUCACCGCAAAGUGCUCCGCGAUAACAUCCAGGGCAUCACCAAGCCGGCUAUCCGCCGUCUGGCUCGCCGUGGCGGCGUUAAGCGUAUCUCGGGUCUGAUCUAUGAAGAGACCCGCGGCGUGCUCAAGGUGUUCCUGGAGAACGUGAUCAGGGACGCCGUCACCUACACCGAGCACGCCAAGAGGAAGACCGUCACCGCCAUGGACGUGGUUUACGCCCUGAAGCGUCAGGGACGAACCCUGUACGGCUUCGGAGGCUAAACGCUCGACUCGAUCAACGAGAAACACAACGGCUCUUUUAAGAGCCCC